UUUGCCCGUUAAGUGCGUGUUUAAGCGAAUCGCGUUUCGUAAAAGAAAGACGAAGCACGCAGUACAAUUCGCCUUUGAUCCAUCAUCAAGUCAGUAGAAGCACAUCAUUCGUUUCUCAUCCUCUCACUUGUAUGUCUACUUUCAGUUCUUUUGCUUUGAAUUAGUUCCUUGUCUUCAUUUGCCUGGUUAGAUGCAGCUACGUGAUGAUUGAACAAAGAUGUCGUACACUGCUCAGUCAGUAAAAACGUUGCCGCAGGCGGAGUUGGAAGAUGAUCAAACGAUCUACAACAAUGCGCAGCGCAACGGCCCUAGUCAGAUCGCUACGUCGCGAGACUUCCUCUGGGAUCGGGAGUACUGGGCCGAGUCGCGUGUGCAUCCAGGAGAUCGGAACGUUUGGUACGCACUCAACCCACGCUUUUCGGAUCUGGCGCGCUACUACGCGCGGCAUGCGCAGUGGGCUGAGAAGCUUCUGGGCAAGAUGGUUCAUCAAGUGGAGGCCGAGGAGCGGCGCGCAGCAGCGGCGUUAGCGAAAAUGUACGGGGCCUUGGCGCAGCGAAUGUCACGGCGAACCUACGAGAUUGAAAACGACAUUUUUUAUCGAAAUCCGUUCAUUGCAGAGGCUUCUCCGAUGGCAACCAUCGAAGAUAUCCAGCGAACGCUUGAACAGCGGAAACCAGCUUUCAAAGGAAGAGGCGACUCAGCAAAAGGUUCGUCCAACAGGACUGUGUCCCCGGGUGUGAAAACGGGCAGAGGUGGGUCCGCUCUCGGGUUGCUUGCGCGCUGGUUCAACUUCCAUUUGCAUACGCAGAAAAAUGACGACGUCGUUGCGUCCGUCGGGGGCUCGCAUCGUCGCGUUGCACCGAUCCAUCGAUUGACGUGGCGCACGCCGUUUCUGACAGAAAACGAGAUUACGAACAAAAAGAUCAUGGAGAAGGUGGGAAAGAAGCUCGCUGGCCAGAUGACGCAAGCGGGUCUCACAGGCGCAGUCGUCGGAGGACAAGCCGCGCUCCUUGGCGGCGCAGAGGCAGGGAAAGCUGCGGCAGGAGCGGUCGCAACCCAGGCCUUGAAGGAGAAGGGAAGCAACAACAGUCAGAUGAAGCAGCACGGCGUCUGGUUUGCAGAGGACGAAAAAUCCAAGACACCUUGCGCCCAACUAGGAGGGUUUGACGAAUGCAGUGAAGCAUGGAAGGAUGAAAACAAGCGUUGUAAAUUUUUCUUCCAAACUAGCCUUGGAGACAAGCCGAACGCUGAGGAAUACGAAAAAUCGGACGAGGUACUCAUGAUCACUAUCUUUCGCAUAUUUUUUGCGUCCUUGUUGUUGUUCAAGCUGAGAAGUUGUAGACAUUAUGUUGUGGAUAAAAAGUUUCUCGACGAGCAGGAUAUCUUUAUGAUCGACAUUGCGUGUAGCCACCUUGUUGUUCGUGCACAGUAGAUCUAGUAGAAAAUAAUACUCUUCCCUCUCGAAAACCUCAGCUUUCCACACUGGAAGACAAGGAGAAAGCAGAUGCGGUGCAGAAAUACCUCGAUGGGGGAAAAUGUCGACCCGUGAUGUGCCGCGACCACUUGAGCGAAGCGGACUGUCAUGACGACAGCAACAACGACUGCGUCUGGCAAGAAGUAGACAGUCGCGCAGAGGACUCAACACCUGAGCUUUACCGCGAUCUUUUCUUGCAGCGGACACAGCACCCUGAACUGCAACGAAAGCUGGUUCAUCCGGACACGACAACGCGUGCGCAAUUGACUGUGGCCGAGGACCUGCUUGCGGGGUGGCGUCUGCCUGCAGAGAAUCCCGCCACGAAGCAGCCUCCGCGAGUGUGCCACGAGCUGCGGCGGAUGGUAGCAUUGAAGCGCGACGAGGAGCGACGAAGGCUGGCCCGAUGGACUGAUGCGGCCGAACGUGGGACCGAACUUCCGGGUCGUGUGCUUAGCGAAGAAGACGCUGCGCGCGGUGACACAGGAGUUGUGACCAAGGAUCUAGCGGCGUCGCAGAUGCAGGCAUCGCGAGCGUUGCUGAGUCGCGCAAACGACGUAGUGCACAAAUACUGUACUCCCGCGCACUGCGAGGCGCGCUCCUCAGCUCAUCGGAUACGCGAUGACUCGCGCCAAUAUCACGAGUUUGUCCACAAUCUGCGGGAAGUGCACUUCGGACGUGCAGCAGAUAAGGCCAGUCGGAUCGAGGAAACGAAGAAGAUCUUAUUCGACGCGAUGAAACAAGGAUCUGGCGCUAGCGCUGGUGAAGACCAACCAGACGACGGCGAAGAAGAGCUAACCAGCGCUCUUUUUGAUCCCGAGACUGGCCUUGACAAGCGUCGUUACUUCAACAGCGACACGGGGCUUGAGUUUGAUUUCCCCUCUGCAACAGACGAAAAUAUGAACGAGAGCGCUAACGCUGAUUCCGAAGGUGCGAACGACAGCGCUAGUGCUGACGGUUCAUCAGCUGGAGGUAUCCCGGAAAUGAGCGUCGAAGGUCCAACUGCAGCAAAGGCAGGAUCAACCCCAUCGAGUGCCGCUGUCGAGGAGAUGAAGCACAUUUUAGACGGCGACUCAGAUUUCGAGGGUCUGAAAAAGAAGAUGACAGCCGUGGAAGAAAGCCUGCGCGAUUUACGUGGUGAAUCUGCUGAGGCUAAAGCGCAGCUUCUAGAGUCAGAGCGUGCGCGGAUCUUCAAUGGUGAUCCACGAUUUCAACCGCACGGAAUUUACCACAUGCGCCUGUUCGGCGGAACCUCGGUUGCAGCUCUAAAAGAUGACCGUGACUCCGACUUCCAAGAAGAGGAGAAGCAGACGAGCAACGAGAGGCAAGUGAAUAUCGAUGAAGCGGAGAAAAUGGAGGCUGCUGAGGAAGCCCGCGAAGCUGCCGUCGCCGAUGAAAGUGACAAUAAAGAUGGCGGACCAGAUUCCGCAGAUAAAGAUAAUGCGCCCACAGAAAGCGAAAAGUCAUCCCUUUCGGAGAACAACAAUACUGCGGAAAAAGCAACUGCAGAGGGCAGCGAUGCAAAAGACACUAGCAGUAGCACUUUAGAUGAUAAGGAUACUUUGGAUAAAGAGCCCGCUUCAUCUUCAACCGGUGCACCGCAACCGUCCCAACAAACCGACAAGCCACCUCAACAUGCAUCAAGUAGUCUUGAGGUGUCUCGAACAUCGAAUUCGAAAUCGGGAAGAAGCACAGCUAGUACCGCUUCCAGACGGCCUGUUCACGAGCCCUAUAGCGUAAUACCUCUUCCCAACAGGACAGGGAGUUCAUUUCGACGCACGAAAAAUGCAGGGCAAUUGGACGUGACCGAAUUUUUGCAAACUCCAUGCCUUUAUUUAUCGGAUAACCCAUGGCCGCGAAAACCCAGCCCAGGUCGACGAACUUACGUUUUUCAUCGUGGACGACGACGAAAGGCAACGGCUUCGGCUUUCUGUUCACCAAACGCAACACCAGCUUCUUCGACUGGUUGUACUAAGAGCGAGCUAGAGCUAGACGGACGACGACGACCUGUUGUUUCCAAGAAUGAUGGCAGCAUUAUUUACUCAUCUUUAUGGGCAAGCAGAUCCUCAGGCCCCGGCAAGGCUACAUCCUUCAUUCUGCACCGCGAUUUUCCGCGAGACUAUUUGGAGGAGGGCAACGACAAGGAACCGUUCAUCAGCGCUAUCCGCACGUAUGAGAUGCAUGACGAAAAUGUUCAUGGCGUCUAUAACUGUGCAGGUCGUGCACGUCUUGAAGAGCUUCAUCAGCUUUACGACCGGGCCCUUCGUAGCGUGCGGCGCCACGUCUUCGAGCAUCUCCCAGCGCGAUACUGGAUCGACGCGAUGCAGAACCUUGGCCACCUAAGCGGAUCGAAUGGUCAGUCUGCUGGAAGUGGAACCAGUACGGACACCUCGGCUGCAAGUUCAAGAGGUAGUAGCACAUCCGUAUCCACAAGCGAAGGUGGAGUGGCUGCGAAGGAUGAUCAAAUCCAAGUCCCGCUGCGUAUGGCAGAACUAAGCGAUCAAGAACACUGGACGCUAGUGAAGGAGUCAGUGCGUGUGUACAAUGCGGUAGACCGCUUCGUUAGUGGUGUACAGCGUAGGCUGGGCAUCGAGUUGGUGGAACACGAGAUACCCAGAGGUCUCUACGCGGAGAUGUUGCAGGAGACCAGUUUGCUCAAGGACACGGCUCGCGACCUCUUUGUCGAACGUUACAAAUGCAAAGACGCACAGAAAAUGGAUCCUUUCUCGACCUACGGGGACGAAUCAAGAAAGCAAGCAGGGUCUACGGGUUUGGCGAGUUUGUUCUUGGAAGUUAGCGCUGUUGAAGGUGACGACAGAGAGAAAACGACAGAUGGGAUGCGAGGGGAGUAUGGAAAACAACGUGUUGCUCACUUGAAUGCCAGGUGUAGUCGCCUGCAGGGAACAAGGAAAACUAAGGCAGGUGAUCAUCGAAGAAUAAGUUCGUCGUGGUUCUUAUCGUUUUUCGAUGAAGGACAUGGCCAGCCCUACAGGGCAAGUGAAAAAGGGACGAGACGGGGAUAUCGAAGAAAGGUAAAUCGUGGCAGUGGGCUUACGUUUUUUUCGACAGCUGAAGAUGAUCCGGACGCAACUCAAAUCUUGUUUUCCGCACCGCUCGCCAGAAACCGUAAGGACAUUUCCUCGUUCAAUGCUUUGACGUCAAAGGCUCUGAUGUACCUGGGCCGUGGACGUGCUGCGAACGCGAGAGACGCCAACGCGCUCGCGCCGGUGGGUGGCUCCGCGAUUGCAACUGGUUGUGGCGCCAGAAGCUCGGGAAUAUGUCUCCAACUCCAUCAGUUAGGCUACGACCCUGUAGACGAUCGCGAAUUAACUGCUCCUCGCAUUGUUGUGCCGCUCACCGGUAGCGCUCGCAAUCCCAGGCAUGGAGUAGCACCACGCGUUCGAAUUUUCCAGUCCCAGUUCUACUCGCCUGGCACCUCAACAUCUUCAACAUCAACUUACACGUCAUUUGCAGGCAGAGGUGAUCCCGACUAUGAUCCAUUCAUGGAGCACCCAACCACGGAACAGGGCGUGAGCUACGCGGACACAUGCAUGCCCGAUUUUAGCAAGCUCACUGCAAGUCUUUGUUCCUAUCGUGUGCCAUAUGGCGGUUAAAGACAUACAAUCUUGCGUACCCUCCACAGCCUCAACCGGGAGAAUCCCUCCAAUAUCGAAUCAUGUACAUGUGAGGACACAUCUUCAUUUGAAUAUGCGGACAUGUGCUUUAGCAUGAUGAGUAAGAGUAUCACUGUUUUUCACAGGCAAUCGCAAGUGCCUCAAUCGGCAAAUUGCCAUUUUGAUUUGUCUGCCUGUGCAUGUCGUGAACAUUGAAUGAAUGAGCAUGACGGCAUGGCCAUCAUCAUCUACAUAGAAGAAGACA